AUGCCUGUGAUGCCACCUUUGCCGAAAUCACGUGUUACAAUGUCUACCCCAUUUUCAAAAUUAGGGCUAGAUUAUUUAGGUCCGAUCUAUAUCAAAUCACAAAGCAAUACUGGCAAAGUAUGGGUUUGUUUGUUCACUUGCCUUGUUACAAGAGUCAUUCAUUUGGAAGUGGUACAAGAUAUGUCAUCAGACAAGUUUAUUCUAGCCUUGAAAGGAUUCAUUUCUUUAGGAGGUCAACCAACUGAAAUCAUCGGUGAUAACGCCAUGCAGUUCAAAAGUGCUUGCAAAACAUUAAACACAGUGUGGAAAAGAGUUCUGAAAAGUACGGAUGUUCAAAACUUAUCGACCAAUAGUGACAUCAAGUGGUCUUUUAUAGUUAAAUUAGCCCCCUGGAUGGAAGGCUUUUACGAAAGACUCGUAGGCCUAGUCAAGAGAGCACUUCGAAAAUCUCUUGGGAAGAAAUUAUUAACCCUAGUUCAACUACAGACGCUACUAAAAGAAGUAGAAGCAGUUGUAAAUACAAGGCCGCUGGUCUACACCGGUGAAGUGCUUGACGAAAAUGUUCUAACUCCUGCUCAUUUUCUGUGUCUAAAUCCGAGACUUGUGACACAAUCCAUUGAACACGACCUCAACGAGAACGACGAAGAUUAUGUUCCACUUGAAAGCACAAGAGUAUGA